GCGUGUCCUGGUCAGAGAAGGAGCAUUGAGUUUGAACGGCUGUGGCGCUAAUCGGUUGUGGCUUAGCUAGACCCUUGACGGCGUCAUCGCCAUUGUCACUCGACAUGGCGCAGACAGACAGAGGAAGCUUACUGACUUCAUCUUUAUGUAUUUCUUGCAAAGAUGAUUCUGGGUCAGAUCUCCUACCUGGACUGCAUCGCUUUCCUCGUCUUUCUUGCCCCUCAAUUGCUAAUCCAAAUUGGCAUCAUCCCCCUUUUGACAUGGCUUCUCCCCCAGCUACCUUUUCUCAUUAUUGUCAUACCAAUCCAAUUCAUUCAUGAGAGAUUUUUCGUCCCUCUUGAACAACGUACACCAUGGGUCAGAAAAGCAACACCAUUCCAGGACCUCGUCAUUCGCUUUGUCCGCUAUGCGUUUGCCAACAUGCCGGCCUUCCUGGGUAGGGUCUUUUUCUCAAAGCAAGUCUCAUUGCCUUUCCUGAGAUUCCGUAUGUUGCGCCACGGAGUUGUCACCAGUCCCAUUCGGUGGACCGACGUCAAGCGGCCAAACUUCAAGGGCGUAUGGAUUGUGCACAACCAGCAAGAACAGCCCGACUUGAUUGUUUACUACUGUCAUGGCGGUGGUUUCUCUAUGGGAAGCAGUUACUUCUAUAUGGAAUUCCUGCUUGCCUGGGUUGCAUUACUCAAAGCCGCUGGGUACCGCAAUCCCGCCCUCUUUGCACUGGAAUAUACUCUUGUACCAGACGCCACAUAUCCCACCCAACUUCAUGAAACCUUAGCCGGAUACGAAUAUGUGCUUUCCUUAGCUCAGUCCUCGACUCAUAUUAUCGUUGGAGGAGACUCGGCCGGUGCAACUUUGAUGCUAAGCUUCCUGCUCUAUUUGUCUGAGCACACUGAGCUUCGACAUCAGAAGCCCGGUCUUGCGAUUAUGAUCAGCCCGUGGGUCAAAAUUGUAUCGCCCGAGAACAGAAAUACCGCGUCAGACUAUCUCAAUAGCUCCUCACUGGAAAAAUAUGGCCGACAGUACAUUGGAGGCAAAGUCUCUCCCGACGACGCCAUGGCUUCGCCUGGAAAUUGUAAAGACAUCCAGAAGUGGACGGAAGCUUCACCAGAGAAGGGUUGGUACUUUUUGUACGGUAGCGAGGAGGUUCUCGGGCUAGAAACAAGGAAUCUAAUCGCACUACUGGAGAAGACGGGGAAGGAGGUGGAUACUUGGGAAGAAAAAGGCGGGAUACACGCAUGGCCCGUUGCUAGUCUCUACUUGGGUGAGACCAAGGAGGCGAGGCUGAGCGGCUUGAAGAGUGUUGUUGGUGCCAUCAAGGAAAAGAUUCAUUAAUAGCUUAAUAUCGAUUCGCAUACAUUCGAAGGAAUUUUACACACAAGUUCCCGUGUUGCCUAUCGCCAUCAUUCGUUUCUCUCUUACUCCUACUUAUUUACACAGUAUGAUUAACAUAAGGCAAAAUCUAGUCGUAACAAUGCAUUUAUCUCCCUUCGCCAC